ACAGAUAAUGCUUCAAGACAAUGUAAUGAGGAUGGUUUGUUUGUUAAUCCGCUCAACAACAAUACAUGGACCAACUUUACCCAAUGCAUCGGGUCAAAAACCAACGAGGACCCUCGUACAGUUCCGGCCCUGAUCGAGCAAUAUGCGGACUCGGUUCGUCUGAUGUAUAACAUCGGGUACGGUCUCUCCCUGGCGUCCUUAGUGAUAGCCGUGUUCAUCAUGAUUUACUUCAAGAAGCUCCACUGUGCUCGUAACGCCAUCCAUAUCAACCUGUUUGUGUCUUUUAUUCUGCGUGCCAUUGUCUCCUUCAUCAAGGAAAAUCUACUGGUAGAGUUCGUAGGAUUUCCCGGUGACGUGUACUAUAACCAUGGUCAAAUUAAAUUUAGAGAUGACGUCACUCAUUGGGAGUGUCGGUUAUUUUUAUCUCUGUAUAACUAUACAUUUGCGGCUAGCUACAUGUGGAUUUUUGUGGAGGCGCUGUACCACCAGAUAUUGAUAUCUGUCUCUGUAUUCACGGAGAAAAACAGAACUAAGUGGUUCAUGUUACUAGGAUGGUUAUUUCCAUUAAGUUUUGUUGUACCAUGGGUUCUUGUUCGGAUUUUUGAAUUCAAUGAACUCUGUUGGAACAUUCAGAGGAACCAGCUGAUUACGUUAAUUAUAUACGGACCAAUUACGGCCACAGUUCUGAUACAGUUUAUUAUUUUCAUUAACAUUGUUCGAAUAUUAUUCACCAAACUUCAUGCAUCAUCCGGGCAUCAGACAAACAGCUUCCGGUACAGUCACAUUGAUGGUCACAUGAUCAGACGCUUGGCUAAGUCCACGUUGAUCCUUAUUCCCCUGUUCGGGGUUUAUUACAUCAUAUACUCUGUUAAUUACCUCAUGUCAAGCUUCGGCUAUCUAGAUGAGAAGUCCAUGAUGUACUUCAUCUUGUGGUGGUCAGAAUUAUUCUUCAACUCCUUUCAGGGUUUUAUCCUAGCGAUGCUUUUCUGUUUGCCUUGA